UUAGCAACCACUAGCUAUUACUUUUACAGCCAUUCUUGUUAAAAUGCAGACCAUUGCUGUCAUUCUGAUCAUCGCUUGCGCCAGCACCAGCGCGCUGCGAUUUCCUCGUCAGGCGGUUGCACCAGUCGCUAACGCGCCGGCUCCGGUUCCAAGCGUACCGGCACCGAGUGCCCCAGUUCCAAAUGUACCGGUUCCGAAUGCUCCCGUCUCCGGUGUACCGGCUCCAGGUGUUCCGACUCCAAAUGCUCCUGCUCCCAGUGUUCCUGCUCCUGCCCCGAGUGUUCCCGUGCCCUCUCCUAGUCUGCCGGUUCCUGCACCGAACCUCCCGGUGUCUCCUCCGCAAACCGGUGCCGGCGCCACCUGUACCGCCGAACAGAAGGCGCAAUGUGGUCAGGCGCAGUGCCAGAAUAAUGGCAACACCAACACGCAACUAUUGCCACAAGCUGGCAACCUGGGUGGAGGCUCCCUCAUUAGCGGAAUUCCCCUGCACCUGCUGAACGGCGCCGGUUUUCAGGUCCCCAUCAACGCCAAUGUCUGCCCGCCGGUUUCCAUCUGCAACGCAUGCGCUGCCGCCAGCAUUCUGGGUUAAAUACCGAAAUGGGGAUGCCUGACUUGCCGGCGCUAUAAUUUCAAGCAUAUACAUAUGCUCUGGAAGAUGCUUUCAUCAACAUUUCAUUAAUUCAUAAUAUCCUAUAACUGCUAAAGCUGUAAAAGUUUCGAUGGUCUGGUUGUCAUUAGAUUUUGCGCUUGUAUGUAAGCCA